GUCUGCUUCGAACGGAGAGAGAAGAGAAGGAGGAGCCUGCUGGGUGUGGAACUCCAGACAAAGGAGACAUAAACACACUGACACUGGAGAAGUGAAGCAAAAAAAGGAAAGAGACAGCUGGAAAGCGUCAUUUUGCCUGAACUCCAACUAUAAUUUGGGAAACGUCUUGAAGAAGGGAUUUAUUUGGUGUGUGUGUGUGUGUGUGUGUGUGUGUGAGAGAGAGAGCUGUGUGAGCCUGUUUGCAAGCUGCUGAGGUAUGUUUGUGUUGGAGCUGGACUUUACGUAUGCUGCCCACAGUGCGCAGAAGUGUGUGGGUUAGUGUGUUUGGGAUGGAAAAGUGGGGCUGGCUCAGCAAACAGCUCUGCUCUUAGCUUUACGCCAUGGGGGGCUGCCACAGUUACCCCUCGGCUACAAAGGUAGAUACCAAGACUCCUCAGCCGUCUGACAUCCACAGUGAGAAACUCGGAAUCAACAACAAUAACCAGGAGGAGUGUCCGUAUCUGCAGCGGCAAAAUGCUUGCCAGAGGAUUACAGACGCUAACAUGUUUGCCCUCAUAUCAUUGCCGCCUGGCAUGGACAAAGCAGAGUGGCUGGCCAGCAACACUGUGGCUUUUUUCAACCACAUAAACCUGUUCUCCAGCGCUCUGUCAGAGUUCUGCACUCCCAGCACCUGUCCAACUGCCUGUGGACCAGGCAACACGGUCUACUUUUGGACUGAUGACCAUGGAAGGAAACUGAAAUGCUCUGCUCCACUUUACUUUGACUACGCCAUGUCGUACAUUCAAGAGCUUCUGACUGAUGAAGAUGUGUUCCCCACUAAAGCAGGUGCAACGUUUCCUACGGGAUUCAUCUUCCUGGUUCAGAAGGUCUUCCUGUUGCUCUUAAGGACCCUGGCUCACAUUUACUGGUCUCACUACAGUGAGGUGCUUGCUCUGGACAUGCACCCACACCUCAACACUCUUUUCUUUCACCUGACUCUUUUCUGCCAGCAGCACUCGCUGCUGGAACCUGAAGACAUGAAGCCUCUGCAGGACCUUAUUAACGCUCUGGAGCGGCACGGAUGAAACACUCAAAUUUCCUUACUAUUGCUUAUUUAUUGGUUUCAGUCUGUAAUAUCAGACUCUUCUUUGUAGAACUCUGAUUUAUGUCAUAGCUUAGAUUUUUUUUUUUUAAAGACAAAUCUGGAAGAUGUAAAAUGCCAAGAUGAUAUAAGAGUUAUGCUUCUAGUUGGGAGCUCAGUUAUUCAGUUAUUGUCUUUUUUUAUCAUAAAAUCUAUAUUGCAUGUUGGUUUUUAGCAUAACUGUGCAUUAUUUUAUUGUCGUCAUCCAUACCUUCUUUCAUGUAAGAUUCAACUUAAAUGUUACUUCAAGAAUUAAUCGUGGCCAACCAAAUGGAGAUGUUGUUGUACUAGGAUUCUUGAGGUCCCACAAGAGUGAAGUGUAGAUGUAGUUGCUAUAAACGUUCAUCUCUGCAGAUUAAGAUUUUGCUCAAUCUUUGUAUAAAGAUUUGUGGGAAAAGAUUGUGACAUGAUGAGCGACUGAAUGCUUUUUAUUAAAAGUAAGUUUUAUGUGAAAUUCUGGAAUUAUAACAGUUUGGUGUUGUAAACUGGAUACCAGAUUUUUUUUCUGCUCCCUUUUUGUUUCUUUAAUUUCAGAUUUUGGAUUUUAGCAUAAAAACAAUUCAUCCAUCUUUUAUGUAACUGUGCACAAACCACUUUAUCCUAGGUUUAUUGAGACAUUUCAGUUUCCGACCCCGAUUCAUUGCCAAGAUCCCAUAAAAUAAAAUGGAAAUUUCUUUAUUGGCCCAUAAUGGGGAAAUUUUUCAAGCCCUUAUCAACUUUUUCAACAAUUUUUUUCUUUCUUUUGUGAUGGAGCUUAAAGAAAUGGGAACACAAAUGUAUAUUUUUCAAAUUAUUUGCGACCACCAUGCAUAUUUCUACCCUGUCUGUGCCACUAACAAAAAAAGGAUUUAGAAAAAAAAUAGAAGUAUCUUUAUAUAUAUAUAUAUAUAUAUAUAUAUAUAUAUAUAUAAUUUGACUUAUACCUUUUGCUUAGCUAUCUUGUAAAAUAAACUUGGUUAGCAUAAUUGUAAGUUAAAGACAUUUAUGCUGUAUAUCUUAUCUGUGGUAAAGAUAAGUUACAGUUCAUAGACUGUAACUGUUUACCACAGGUAAGAUCUUGAUUGCUUGCAUGAGUUGAGUUUAUAAAAAAUACUUUAAAAGAAUGCAAAAUAAAAGAAAUGUAACUUCUGGAAA